AUGUACGGCGAAGCUGCCAACAAGCUCGUCCAAAACGCAAAACGUACCCAGGCACUGCCCCACCUCCCUCCCUACGCCAGCGAACUCGUGCGCAGCAUAACCCGCGAAGUACGCGACCUUGACAAGGACGUAUCCAACAUACUAGCUCCCUACAGCGGCGCGUUCAACCCCAGCGCCGCACCCGAGACAGCUUGCGCUCUGCUCGUCAAUCACCUUUGCAUGCGGAGGAAUAAACGGUGCCUACUAGCAUAUCACAGGGUACGAAGUGACAAGUUGGAAGGAUAUUGUUGGGAGGGCGUGGAUGUCUUGGAGUCACAGAAUGUACAAGGAGGGAGAGCAGGGGCUGGUGGAGAGGGAGCGAAGAAGGACGAGAGCAGUCUAAGCCCGGAAGAGGAAGAGUACGUUAGGCAAUACAGCGAUCUACUUGCUGCGUACAAAGGGCAAUGGACGGAUAUUGAUCUCACGGGGAGUUUGGAGCCGCCGAGGGAUUUGUUCAUUGACGUCAGGGUGUUGAAAGAUGCAGGGGAGAUACAGACGGAGUAUGGGUCCAUCACCCUAACGAAGAACAGCCAGUUUUACGUGCGGCACGGUGACGUAGAACGGUUGAUUGCGCAAGGGUAUCUUCAGCGGCUGAGCUAACUUCAGCUUUACCCGUACUGAAGCAUGAGCGUUCGAACGACACAUGGCAAGCAUGUAGUGUGAUAAAGGACUCAUGACACAACUAGAAUCUCCACGAGGUUCGGAACUUAGCCCUUGGUCUAGAUUGCCGAGCCACGUGGAUACGCAAAGGG